GCUGCUGUCUUGAUGUUGAAGGCUCUGUCUGUACCCUGUUGAAAAUGUAGCAGCUAUGAAGGCGCGGUUUUUAGUCGAUACAAUUGUCUGAGGUUCUCUUGAUGGUUGUUGUUUGUUUUCUGUGCACUCGCUUUUCCAUUUGCUUCGUCUAACCACAGCCGCUGUCAAUACCGGACAGUCCAUGCGGAUAAAUAAAGUUAAUUCGUAUUAUAACUUGGUCAAUUUUGUUAGGUUUGAGCAGUUAACUCAUGAGAAGAUCAGAAAUCAAUUUCCGAAAGAUGUGCUUAUACCUAUGAGUUAUGAGAAAGUACGUUGCUAUAGGUUGGUACAUAUGUACUGAGAAAUUCGUGCUGCGAUGGGAAUACGCCAUGUCGAAAUGUAGUGCUCUAGCGUACUUGUCGCAGUUCUGUGACACGGCGUAGUAUUGAAAGCUCGGACAAAAACGUUUUUUUCCUGUAUACAAAGCUUGGAAAUUUGUCCACGAUUAGAAGCUCCAUAGCACUCGCACAUCAUACGGCCAGAGGACGUUGGCGUCUGCGAUUUUGUCGUGUGCCGUAAUGCUGCGAUGUCGAGGCAACGUGACGGAAUAGAAUUGCCGAACCUGACCGUAAAGCAUAUGGAUUUGCUGUUGUCCAAAUAUAACGAGAUACAAUAAUCGUUUUUCAACUAUACCACAUUCGUGCGUCCACGGUAAAUCGUCUAUUAGGGGCCACUUGUCAAUUCCAGUCAAUAACGUGAUGCAGAUGGAUGAUUCAGCGGCGGAGGCGCGCGAUGCAAUAUUGCACAUCCUCAACAAUGACGAAACCCUUGAGUCUUACCAUCGAUCGGAAUAUGAGCCGUUUUAUCGGAUUCUCGAUACUAUGCCUGAGACCUUCCUCGCCUCAAUAGCUCCACCAGACCAAACAACAGCUAGGCUUCAUUUCAAUGCGUACUUCCUUGCGAAGAUUGUCACGAAAGCCACUUCGUCACGCCAGUGCGCAGUCGUUACAAAGAUCGCUCUGUAUCUAAUACAUCGCCUGUUGGGCGAACAAGAUAAGGCCGCGGCCACCUCGCUGUUAGCCAUGGUAAGGAACAAUUUUUCGACGGACAGCGUCCUAGCAUUGCCCCCAGGAAAACCACCGAUCGUCAAGUUGCCGGACAAAAACCAGAAUCCAUAUGUGCGUAGCGUUUUUCUACAAUUAAUGGCCGAAUUCCUUCAAAUGGUGCCCGAGCUGGAAGUAAAGGCGUUCUACACUCAGUUGGCGGGCGCUCUUCCAGAAGUGUUUGACGAUAAAACGACACUUCAGUCUUGGCUAUGUUGCGCAAGGUCGCUGUACGAGUUGUUGCUGGAGAUUGGGUUUUAUACGCUUCGUGAGCAUCUCGUCGAUACGUUUGUAGAGAUUCUUAGGUAUCUGAGUGAGGAAAGUCGUAUUAAUGAGGUUCAGGAUGAUCUAAAUCAAUUACUUGGCCACAUGGCCAACCAUGAGAUCCUAUCCGCUGGAAAUGUCAAAAAGAUCAUAGGUAUCUGGCCUCAGCUCAAACCCCUAUGGAAGCACUUGGUCCGGUGGUUUGCGCGAUCAGCCCCUACUGAUCGAAACAUUCACCUUCUUAUUUUGCCCCACUUAACCGAUCUAUUUAGCGGAUUACCGGGUGUAGAACAGCUUAUCGACAAGCUGGAGAUACAACCAGAGUAUUUUAACAGCGUUCGACUCGAGAAGGAUAGUCUGCGAAUUUUUAAUGUUCUUAGCCAUAAACCAUCAUUGACUGCUGGUGUACGCAGCCAGACCGAAAGCUAUUUCCACUCAUUGUUCCCAAUCUCCGACGUGAAGACGUACCCCCAAGCAAUCGCCUGUUGCCGAAUUCUACUCAACGUCUCAUCCGGAAACACGGAACAGUCUGUUGCUAACGUUGUAUUUGCUCCGUUGAUGAGCGUCAGCCCGAACGCUGCCACGUUUGUUCGAGAUCGCCACCGUAUGACUAUAAGCAUGGACGAAAUCUCACGGGACGUAAAGCUGGUCGCCGAGUGCCUGUCUCUUGUACCGCUGUUUUCGGAGACCCGUGUGAAUCAGACAGCUCGCCGAAGCAUUAUCCUUGACGCGGCAAAAAAACGCAAUCUGUUUGCGGCUGUCGUUGAUAACAUCUGCCUAUACAAGGACGCCUGCGAUUCCGUUCUCAGUAUUUUGGAGAGUCACCGCCUUUUACCAGAGGAAAUGAACCACCUAGCGACAGCACUGCUUAAGCUACCGUGCGUAUUAGCUGGAGCGGAGGCGCCGCGUGUAGGGGAAACUAGCAAUAACGGCCAAGUGAAAUCGUGUCUAUGUAAAGAUGACCUCCCAACGCUGAUUACAUCUUCAGCAGCAAGCGAGGCACUAGGUAAUUGCAUCUUGAACGUGCUGGGCAACCAAAACAUCGAAGCUGAAAAGAGAAACAUGCUUGCGAUCUGCUCGACUUUACAUCUGAAGUUCAGUCAACAACAGCUCGAUCGGCUUCUAGAUGUUUUUUUAGCCGAGACCAACUACCUUGUUCGGCUUGGCCUCGUUCGAGCGCUAUAUCGUGCCCUGGAAAGUAAUCCCUCACUCGAACCCAAGGUCGAUUUGACGCAGCAGUUCUCCGACGUGGAAAAUCGUGACGUCUACGAGACUAGUCUAAUGCUUGUCAGCCGUAUCGUAGCUGCACGACCCGCUCUCAAAUUCACCCAUUUCAAGCAUCUAGCAGCUGCGGCCUGCGAUAGUGUCAUGUACCUGCGAACUGUAGCCCUCAGUGAAAUUCACUGGCUGUCGCGACACUCUGGUGUAAGCCUUCGACAGAUGAUCUUAGAUAAUCGUCAGAUGAUUGCCCUGUGUGUGUUCCGUGCCGCAGUUGACUCACCAGCACGCAGUCUGGAGCAUAUCGUUAAGGGUGUGUCCGAUGUGUUCGAUGCGGACUCCCCAGACGUGUAUCCGUGCCUUAAAACGCUCCAUCGCUUCCUUCUGCCGAUGUUCGUGGCCCACGGCGGCGAAGAUGCCCAACGCCGGGUGCGCGAAAUCGCUAGGUUGAGUAGCAGUGGUAAUGCCAGUAGCAAUGGUGGCCUCGUAUUGGAGAACACGCAUUCGAAACUGCUCAAGCUUAUCGGCAGAUAUCUUCCACAGAUAGUGGCAUAUUUAUUCACUACGCACAGACGAGAUCCGGGAGGUAAAUGCGAGACAUUUCUAUCUUUUGCUAUUGGAAACGAUUGGCGUACAGCGUUCACUGAGGGGGCGCCGCAUCGGAUUAUCUAUGAGUUUAUGACGUAUUUGCCAGUCGACGAGGCUGGAGUUAAACUAGGGAUCAGCUACGUGGCUCGUAUGCGACAAUGGACAAUUAACGACGACAUGGAUAUUCGAACGUUCGUGUAUGAGCACCUAAAUCUUCUUGGAGUACUGUUUCUUUAUGAUACAAAUAUCCGAAAAGCGGUUGCCGAAGAGAAGCUGCGCAUUAUUAGCAGUCUUCCGGAGUUUAUUCGUUAUUUGGGCGUAGAACACGUGACCAGUGUCCGGAUCAAGCUCAUGUAUGUACUGCGAGCAGCGUUUUCGGUGUCCGAAUCCGAUAUUACUCUGCUGAAGUAUUGCGCUGACGCAUGGUUCGUAUUUGUGAAAUCGCUUGACAAGUCUGGCCUUCCUACGAUUAUCGGCGAUCUAGUGAUGUCCGUCCUGCCAUUACUCAACACACCGGAAGUAUUGGCCCAGGCGAGAGAGAUCUUAGAGUACCUGCUAAUAGAGAAUAAACAGUGCUACGCUGAACGAUUGCAUGAGCUUGCCUUCCUACAGGAGAUGGACAAAUUGCCGAUGUCGAUUAGGAAGACAUUUGCCUCGAACAAAAACAUCCCAUUCAAGGAGCAAAUUGGCAAUUCUGUAGUGAACAUAUGUAAUGAGAGUAACAGCGUUCGACGACUUGUGCUCAAAAGACUGGCGCGUCUGCUGUCAGAAAAUCGCGAAGCACUUUCGGAAUUACUCGACUCUGAAACGGAGAACGAUUUCAUCUCUGAAAUGAUUCGCCAGCUAUUCGCGUGUUGUCAGACGGGAGAUGCCGUUAUUCAUUCGUUAGUCGGUGAGUGCCUCUCUCAUCUCGGAGCUUUGGAUCCCGCGCGCAUAGCGCUCAGGGUGAGCGCCUCCGACCAAGAACAGGUUCCUAUCAUGAUUACAGAAGACUCGAAAUUUGCUCAUGGCCUACUCAAAAGACUGGUAAACACUUUCCUCACCUAUAACCAUCAGAAUGAUAUGCAGAAUAAGGCCUCAUACGUAAUUCAAGAGGUGUCGAAAACCUACUGUUUACCUAACGACAAGGAGCUGUGGCGUUUGUUUAAGACGCAUGAACAGGAGGUAAUUAGAAUGUUAAGCGGGACUAAGUACGAGUGGAUCAGCAAAAAACAAGACAAUCUCCCAGUGGAACGGCCGAUAUUCAAUGGCCCGCUGGGAACCGAUUUCUCUGCCUGGAUCAACGCUUGGAUCAAGUCACUUCUGCCGCUUGUUCGUAAUAAAACCGAGCGCUAUGUGAUGGAUUUGUCAAGCUUAAUCGCUGAGAAUGAUCUCGCCGUAGCUCAAUUCAUCCUGCCCAGUUUGGUGUCUACCGUCAUGGUUACUGCAUCCGACGAAGAGGUUGAAUACAUCAAGCUAGAAGCGGUGAGUGUACUAGACGGCGGAGCACAUCUCGGCGGAGAUUCGGUCUUUCGUUCUAAGGAAAUGCAACACAUGGCCACUCAGACCGUAUUUUCGCUUCUGGAACAUCUUCUCGGCGUGGCGAAAAUCUCCUCUCAAAAGCGCCAAUAUAGGUUUACCUCACGGGCUGACAGUUUGGAGGCUGGUAGUAGUAAUAGCAGUAGCAGCAGCCGAGGUGGUAAUAGUCAAGGGAACAAUGACAGAAGAUUUAAAUUUGUCGAAGGAAUUGCCCAGGAUAAACUGGCAAGAGCCGCCUUCGGAUGUCAAGAAUAUUCGCGAGCGUUAAUGCAUCUGUCGCGGUAUCUGCAAGCUAAUCCAGGCGAGUUACAAAACAAUUUGACAUUUCUUCAGGAUAUCUACGUUCGGCUGAACGAUCCAGACGGUGUGGCUGGUGCCGCAGAGCUACGUAAGAAAGAUGCAUCACUUAAAGAGAAAAUUAUCGAACACAAAGCCCAAGGCAAAUUACUGGACGCUCUGACGUGCUAUGAGCGACUUCUCGGUUCCUCUGAAAAUCAGAAUCAGUCAGAUUCGGAACAGCAUGAGCGAGGUGUUGUCGAAUGUCUUCUUGCUCUUCACCAGCCUCUGUCAGCUCUUACCAACGCCACUGGGAUGAUAGCUGUAAGCGCUCGACGAUUUUCAUUAGUUACAUCGGGGCAAUCGUCAAGUGCGAAUCUGUCAACAGCAUCUUCGAAAAACAACUGCACGAUCUUCAACUGUGCCGCAUCGGCAUCUAAAGAUGUCCAAACAGAGCAAUGGCAGAUGAUUGCGACGGACUGGAACGCAUAUCGAGUCGAGGCCGCAUGGAAACUUGGUGACUGGUCUGCUCUUGAGAACUAUCUGGCCGAUUAUCAGUCUCCGAAGCAAAAUGGAGUCAAUGCUCAAAGACGAUGCUACAAUGCGUUUGGGUUGUCCGUUGGAGGCCUUCUAUCCGCUGCGCAACGGCUCGACCGUUCACUUUUCGUUCGGAAACUCGACGAGAGUCGUCGACUCGAAAUGAUUCCGGCGACAGCGGCGUGUCUUCAGCCAGAAGUCUACGUACAGGUAUACCCUUCGACGGUAGUUCGGUUGCAUAUGUUGAACGACCUUCAGUUAGGUGUUGAGAAACUCGUUGGCUUUGAGGAUACUACGCUCGACAGCGAACGAUUGGAGUCCAACUUGCGAAGCGUGGUCAAGGCUUGGGAGAAACGCCAGGUCCGCAUGAGACCUUCGGGUGUACUUCAGGAGAGCGUCCUGGAGGUUCAUCGCGCCGUGCUGAGACUAGCUGCCUACCGAGCAGAAAAGGCAGGUUGGGAGUCGCGACCGCUUCAUCAGGAGAUUUCGAGCCUCUGGCUUCGAAGUGCUCAACUUGCCCGAGAGGCUGGUCAUUACCAGCAUGCCUAUAGCUGUCUUUUGGAAGCCGAAUCUCGCGAGAGCGGGUCGCAAUUGGAGGGUGAGCUUUGUCUCGAAAUGGCCACGCUUAGCUGGGCCAAAGGGGAGCAUAUGGCGGCAAUCAAAAUACUCGAUGAUUUUAUUAAUAAACAUGCCAAUACCCAGCGUCCGGCAAAUGACCGGGCAAUGGCCCGGGUUCGACUCCUGCACGCCACUUACUCAUGUGAAGCGUGUUGUGUUGAUGUCGACGCUCAGCAUCGCCUGUACAAACGAGCGGCUAAAGCCGACCAAAGUUGGGAAGAUGGAGUUUACAGGCUCGCAAAAUCGUAUGAUGAAGUCAUUUUGACACCUAAAUGUGAUCUCACCUCCAUCAUGGCCCGGGUCGAUAUUAUCCUGCAAUACUAUUGCCAGUCACUACAUUACGGACAAGCCCAUGUAUUCCAUUCGCUGCCUCGUUUGUUGACAAUCUUCUUCGAUCUUGCCGGACAAGUGGCUAAAACCAAGGAUCAGCGUUUGGAAGCCAAGCUCGCCCAGAUGGCAGCGCGUUUAACCCAGAGUCUGUCAGUACUAAGGCCAUGCAUCUUUUACGCGGUGAUGGGCCAACUGGUGUCACGUAUCGUUCAUCCGCAUCGGCGAGUCGUCGAACUCGUAAAAGAGCUCCUCAUUAAGGUCAUCGCGGCGUAUCCAGAGAGAGCAUUAUGGAGCUUUUUUUUUACUACGAAGUAUGAAAAUAAGGAGCGGCAAUGUAAGGCUCGAGCAAUUAUCGCCGCAAUCGAAUCAAAGGGUGAGCUCCUCCGGGAACAGGCGGCGAUCAUGUCAACGAUGACAGACAUGUUGUUAAUCCUUUGCCGUGCUAAUCUUUCUGCCAAAACUGAGUCGCUCCGGAGAGUUUGCCCAGCUCUGAGCAACACGUUUGCCAGGGGAGCGUUCGCAAAGGUCGUUCUCCCUACUGAAAAACUGCUCGCUGUGAACAUCGACGGAGGAGCGCCCACGGAUGUCUACUUCCACGAAGUAGAAGAUCAGAUACUUCUGCUACAGUCCUUGCAAAAACCACGUCGGAUCACAGUGCGCGGCUCUGAUGGUAAAAAAUAUAGUUUUCUACUAAAGGCCGAGGACGACCUGCGUAAGGAUUGUCGUUUAAUGGAAUUUAUGGGACUCAUCAAUCGAUUUCUGGCUAAAGAACCCGACGCAUACAGUAGAAAAUUACGUAUACGAACAUAUCAUGUUUCUCCCCUUGAUGACAAAUGCGGUAUUAUUGAAUGGGUCGAUAAUUUGAUGCCGCUUGUUGUCGCCGUCGAAGAAGCUAAUGUCGCUGGUGGCUUUACAAAGCUUACUUCCCGCCAUCUCGCACAAAAGAUUCGUCCUGAAAUGGAUAAGCUGUUGCAAAGUGGAGACCAUGCUAAGAUGCGUGAGCUUCUAGAAAGAAAUCUGGCUCUCUUUAAACCGUCGUUAUCGUACUGGUUCCGUUGUAGGUUUCCUGACGCCCCAUCGUGGUAUCAGGCGCAUACUCUGUUCGCGUCAUCUGCAGCCGUUAUGAGCAUGGUGGGAUUUAUUCUGGGGCUGGGGGACCGACAUGGUGAAAACCUACUCAUCGAAACGACCUGUGGCCAGGUGGUUCAUGUCGACUUCAACCUCAUCUUUCUUAGGGGGAGAGACUUAGCGUACCCUGAAGUAGUUCCAUUCCGCCUUACACAAAAUAUGAUUGAUGCGAUGGGCCCCACCGGUUACGAGGGAACGUUUCGUAAAUGCUGUCAGGUCACGUUGAAGAUACUUCGCGCGCAGCAGGACGCGCUGAUGAGCGUGCUAAGUACAAUGGUACAUGAUCCAUUGGUCGAAUGGCGAAACAAACGGAAACAGGAACACCUUGCCUCGAACGACCAUCCUGGUCAACGCGAGCUAACGGAGAUUGGAUACCGUCUCAACGGGGUGUUCGUUGACCGGGGCCAGCAGCCUUCAGCAAGGCCUCUGUCGAUUGAAGGGCAAGUGGCUUUACUAAUCAAUGAAGCGAUCUCGCUCGAUAAACUGGGUCGAAUGUUCCCCGGGUGGGGACCCUGGCUCUAGACUGCUAAUAACACAUGAGAAAGCAGCGAGGUUUCCGUAAGGUUCCUAUUAAUUUUUUUGGUAGAUUCACGAAAACGAGUCGGAGUGAAGUUGAACAAACUCUUUUGACAGUAUUAAUUUUAUUCGACUUUCUAACCAAAGAUGGAUUAGCUUGUUUGUACAAGCGAAGAGGACGUCGAGAAGUGGUCAUUGUACAACAAUAUAGAAAGCCUUUUUUUUUGAGAUUUUACACAAACGCGUGCACCAGUUUAAUGUGAUAUCGUGCACGUAAAACGACCUGGACUUCAAUGAGGAUACCUACACGUUCUGGCAGUGCGUGAUAAAUUGUGUUGUAUCAUUAUUAUUAUAGCUUACGGGUUAAAAACAUUCGGAACAAUCAUGCAUCGUUUGCCGCUAAGCAGUUGUCUUGGGCCUCCUUUUUUAAUCUAUAAUGAAAAUGUAGUGAGCUACAUAUGAUUUCAAUGUACGUCUUAUAUUGUUGCAAAUAUGGCCAACAUAUUGAGACUUUUUUAUGGUCGCAUGAAAAAAAUCAAAUAAAUAUCCAAGUGUUGAUGUGUUUCAUAUAUAUAUAUAUAUAAAUAUAUAUAUAUAAAUAUAUAUAUAUAUAUGUUCAUCAAGAAAAUCUCACUACUCAAGUCGAACAUACGUUCAUGUUAAAUAUUCAUAUAAUGUCUAUGAAAGUCGUGUGUUUUAUUUAUUGUUAAUAUUACUAUUCCAUAUGUUAUAUUUUGUCGGAUUAAAGGUGUAAUUUAGAUGUCUUUUUUUUUUGUAUAUAACGCUGAAUUUGUCGUGCGGUGUCGAUCCUUUUGGAAAUAAAGUUAUUGUCGCGCUUUUCGACUGGACAACAAGUAUAAUAAUGAUCGCUCUCUUAUCGAAAUGCCGACAACUUGUAUCAUCUGAAUCAAUAUGGUAUAGAAAAGUUUACGCCUUGACCGUCGGUUUACUCGUUUUGUGUUUUGAUACAAUUAUCGAUGUGCUCAUCAUUUGAAUUACCAAUUUUUUCGUUUUCAAUGGCUACCUGAACAAAUUCAAAUUGACAAUAUGGCGUAUGGGCCUACCAUACGAAAGUCUCGUGUAGGAUCAUACGUAAACUAGCAAUACUCAAGAACAAGUCCUUUCAGAAAAGUGCGCGCGAGAGAUGAUCAUACCCAGUCGUAGUAACAAAGAAAGCUUUUUCUAUAGAGAAUAUCAAUAUCGAUGAAAAUACAAAAAGAGAAUUUGGAUGGAUAUUUGUCGUUUUUCGACGAACCAACGCAAUAAAAAAAGGUCAGGACAUUUAUCUACAUACAUUUUCUCUAGACAAGAGUAACUACUUUGCCGACGGGUCUUAAUAAUCUCCUGAAAUUCCGGCUGGCCUAUAACAAAUAUAUAUUUACUGCUUAGAAUACAUCAUUCGUCUAAUAAUGCAAUUAAGCAAAGUUAAAUCGUUUCAUAAAGGUCAACACACAAUACAAAUGAAUGAAAUUAUUUUUUCUUGGUCUGCUAACUAUUUCCAGUAGAUCUUAAGGUUAUCGCUGACUUUGUUUAGCGCGAAAACCGUAAACUGAUUGGAAUUUAACCUAUCUGUGAAGUCUGGUUAAGGCAGUCUUCACAUUCGUGAAGUAUUUGGUUUAUUCUAAUAUCCUACUACGUAUUCAAAGUCAUCAGCAUCACUCUUUAGCUCUUUUGUGCUCUUUCGAUCUUUAAUUUUCUAUGUAAUGUUAUUUAUCGCGGAUUAUUAAUAAUUUGUGUCAUAAGGUAAGCAAAACUCUAUAAAGCUUUCCGUUGAAGCACCUUAGAUACGAUACACUUUACGCUGCCGUUAGCUAUCGUGAGUUCUAGCUACCCCGUUGGGUCUUCUGUAUAGUUUCCUGCAUAAUGAUCUUUCAGUAUGAAUCCUUUGCCAUUGAGAUCAUCUGUCCCACACAUUACGACAGUGCUAUACCUCAUGGGGCAGAAGCCAGAACGGCACCUUUUUGUCGCUUGCUAUGUCAUAUUAUUGA